UUCUUCUUCGUCAACACCCUCCUCCAAUUCUUCUUCUUUGUCCUCCUCUUCAACAUCUUCCUCGUCCUCAAGCCUGUCUUCUGACACCAGCAACAAGUGUUCAGAAAGGCAUCCAAGUGAGAAGCCCCAGCAUUCACAGUCUUGUACAGACAUUUCCAGGAAGCACAACUACUUUGCAAAUGAAGACAACGACACAGCCCCUCUGAUAGAUAAAAGAGGUCAUCAAAACAGGCACAGUGGCAAACAGGAGAAAGGCAAGUAUUCUCACAAUGGCCCCACUCAUGGCACCUUGAAGAACAGACAGAGAACCAAAAGAGGCUCAGGAAAUUAUGGAUGUUUCCGCAAAGCCAAAUCAAUGGAGGCUCUCGCUCGGCCCAAAGAAAGGGAAUGGCAUGGAAACGAAGAUGGAAUUGAACUAGAGAGGGGAAAAGGAGAAGCUAAAAAGAAUUUGACUAAGGAAAAAAUGAAGUUCUCUGCGUUCCUCAAUGAGAUCACUCGGCAGGUUCUCAGCCCAAUGAGACUGACCACUCUUGGGGUUACAAAUGCUCAUGGAUUCCGGAGUACAGGGAGGGUCUCUGUUAGAUCUAGUAAAGGAGUAGAAAGCACAGAGAAACACACACAGCAGAGAAGUCGGCAUGCCAGUGCAGAGUCAGUUACGUCCAGCGAGCAUUCCCAUACCAGCAAACACUCAGGUCAUUGUCCCUCUAAAUCGCUCCGACACCAUCACCGUUCUCCGGACUCACCCCAUCGCAUAGACCACAGUCCUGGAAGCUGCAUUGAUGUUAGCUCUUUAAAAAGAAAUCACUCAUGGUCUCAAAAUUCCCAGCGCCGCUCCCAUUCACCGUCCUAUGGGCACAACCACCACCAUCACCGGAGAGACCAUCACACUUCCAGUCAUCAUUAUCACCAUGGCGACUGCCACAGCCCUUCUUAUCAACAUCACCACAGACAUCGCCACAGUCCUGUCUAUCCCCAUAAGGAUAAUUUCAGCCCAACUUACCAUUAUGAUGACCAUCAUCACAAAAGCCAUGACAACACAUCCCACCGCCGUCCCUCUGGAGACCAUCAUUGUGGAGACCACUCGAGCCAAAAUAACCAACCCGGAGAGCAUCACAGUGCAAAAAUAUAUCCGCAACAUGGCAACCACAAUAAAUCUUCUUUUCACCAUCAGCAUGGAGACCACCAAAGCCGUAGUCAAAUCAAUGAACAUGGUAACCACCACCUCACAACGGAACAUCGUAAAGGUCACCACACACCAACACAUCACCAUGGAGACCAUCACAGUUCAGCUCACCGCCGCCACAGCAACCAACCAAACAUUGAAGGCCCUAUGACACCACGUCACUACGGGGAUCACCACGGCUCAACAAUUCCUCAUAACCAUGGAAUCCACCAGCGUGGAGCUCACUUACAUCACCAUAGAGUACACCCCAGUGAAGCUCACCCGCAUCACCAUGGGGACCACCACAGUAAAUCUUGUAGGCCUCCCCAUGGAGACCAGAGUCCAGAUCAUAAGCGUCACCAUGGAGACCACCACAGUCCACACAAUCAGCAUCACCAGCGAGAUCGAGACACUUCAGACCUUCGAGUUACCCAUGGAGACCACCACAGCAAAGCUCAUCAGCAUCACCAUGUAAACCACCAAAGUAAAUCGAAUAGGCAUCCGCAGGAAGACCACCAUAGUCCAGACCAUAAGCACCAUCACAGAGAAAAGCACAGUGAAGCUCUUCAGUAUCACCACGGAGACCACCACAGUGUAGACCAUAAGCAUCACCAUGGAGAAAAGCCCAAUUCAGGGCAUGAGCAUCACCGUGGAGAAAAGCACAGUGGAGCUCAUCAGCAUCACCAUGGAGACCACCACAGUAAAGUUCAUCAGCAUCACCAUGGCAACCACCCCAGUCCAGAGCAUCAGCAUCACCAUGAUGACAAGCACAGUCCAGGCCAUCAGCAUCUCCAUGGAGACAACCAAAGUGAAGCUCAACAGCAUCACCAUGCAGACCACCGCAGUCCAGACCAUCAGCAUCACCAUGGAGACAAGCACAGUCCAGGCCAUCAGCAUCUCCAUGGAGACAAGCAAAGUGAAGCUCAACAGCAUCACCAUGCAGACCACCACAGUCCAGACCAUCAGCAUCACCACGGAGACAAGCACAGUCCACAGCAUCAGCAUCCCCAUGGAGACAAGCAAAGUGAAGUUCAUCAGCAUCACCAUGAAGCCCACCACAGUCCAGACCAUCUGCUUCACCACGGAGACAAGCAAAGUGAAGCUCAUCAGCAUCAUCAUGGAGACCACCACAGUAAAGCUCAUCAGCAUCACCAUGGCAACCACCACAGUCCUGACCAUCAACCUCAACUUGCAGACCAUCAGCAUCACCAUCGCGACCACCAUAGUGAAGCCCAUCAGCAUCACCAUGGAGCCCACAAUAAUCCGGACCAGCAUCACCAUGGAGAUCACCAUAGCAAAAAUGAUCAUCUGGAACAUCAACCUAAAUCCCAUUUUAAACAGCCACACUCUAAAAAUAAUGAUCUUGACCUUGACCACAACCGUCAGUUAGCCCCCUUCAGCUUUUCCCCUUCACAGAGGCAGCUGGAAUGUCUUUCAAGGAAGGCAGGGUCAGCAAGCAACACUAGCAGCCCUUCCAGUCAUGACGAGGAGCAGACAAGCUUCACUGGCUCAUCAUUACAUAAGGAAAAGGAACCCGAACUUGGUAGAAUCAAGGACCUUCAGGGUCAGAAUGAAGGACUGCAUCACAGUUUGCUGAAGACAGCAGUGAGAAUGGAGUGUUUAGGAGAAGAGUUCAUGAGCAGCCAAAAGCUUUUGGAGGCAGAACUUCAGAGGACACGUGUUGAGCUUGGCAACCUCACAGAGAAGUUUAAGAGACUACAUGACAACUGCUCCUCCACACAACAGACAAAUAACCUCCUAGAGCAAAAGCUUCAUUCAGUGGCUCAGAGCAUGGAAGGAGAACGUGAGAGGUUGAACCAGCGUAUUUCAGCACUGACGGAGAAGCUUGCAGAUGCUAAAUUUGCCAACAGUGUGGAACCAUUUAGUGUUACACCAGAGCUCCACAAAAGUGACCUCCAUUUUCAGUCCGAUGUUGCUGUCGAUCACAUGGUUCACCCCAUCACUCCCCCUCCGGUGCAGUUCAUGGACGGCCAUAAUAACUACGAAAAGGAGCCAUCCCUCGGGCCAGUUCUGGAGGAGGAGGAAUCGGACUGGUCAGAGAGGGGCGAUGAGACCCCACGAUUUACACUGACAGGAUCAAACAGAGGUGAAGUAUGGAGCCAGCGGGGAGCAGACGUGGACAAAGAUAGCGAGUCAGGGGGUGAGGAAAUUGUCAGACGACACUCUCAAUGCCCAAUGCAGGUACCGCACUUCCAGUUCACCAUUCACAACAAGGACCUGUCUGAUGGCAUGAGAGGCGAGGGCACAUACAGGUUCACCACAAGCCCGAACAUCGGCUCUGCCAUCCUGAUCCGUUCAGCGAGCCUGGAGGAAAUCCCCCUGGCUCGCCACCACACGCAGAAGGAGCUACGAGACACGGAGGCCAUGAUGGACCUCCACCAGCGAGGACACAAAGUUAUCAAGGAUUUAGAUAAUGAGAUCAUUCAUCACUGGAAAUCAAGCAACGAGCGGCCAAUAGAAAGCAGGAAAUCAGAGACGGAUAGCAGCCUGGCCACCCUGGAGUCGGCCGAGCGAAUGCUCAGUCAAUUCAUAUGUGGAUCGCCACCCGCUGAAGGUCAAGGGCACGGCAGGGCCGGGGUUCACGGCAGGGCUGGAGGUAUUCCAGAUGACGUGUUGAAAGGGGAGCGAACACAGCUGUGACCCACAUAUGAGUGCAACGUUCACUGGGUGUUAAAUAUAAUUGACUAAUCGUUAUUUAUCCUAAAAAGUUAAAUGGAGCUCUUGUGGCUUGGAGGUUUGGCCCCUCUAAUUAACAUUUAGUUUUAGAAGACUUAACCGUGGAGUCAAAACUGCAAUAAGUCUUCUGAGACACAAACACG